CAGAGCGCACUCGGUCACUCCAGAGUCAAUUUACGAACGCACCCAUAAGCUCUCUGGCAAACACAGUAGUUUACCAGAAAAACUGCUGUCGUUCAUAUAAACACUGUUGCAAGGUAGCAGUUUAUUUAGCUUAUCUUUUGACCUAGUAUUUUUUUAAUAAACAUUUGUGUCAGCCUUUGCAGCUCGAGACGACCCACACGUGAUCGGCCAGCAUAACUAGGCGCUUGUUAGUUACAGUAUUUGAAUUUGACGAGGCUAUUUUGACUUUGGAUAGCUAACUAUAUUCGCUGGUUCGAAAUUUCGAAUAGAUCUCACAUGAAUGUUUUAAAUAUAUGGUUAUCACAAACGUACCUAAUUUUGAUAUUUAAGGCAGACUGUAUGAAGUUAAUUUGUUAACCGGUUAGACGUUAGUUUUUCUUGCCAGCUUGAGCUGCUGUACAUUUUCUUUUCGGCUAAUAAAUUAUAACGUCAUUUGUUUUUGAGAGCCAUCUGCGGAUUGUCAUUUUUACUUUUUCAAGAACAAGGCUUUCUACCUGAAAUAUUUGUGUUAGGGAUUCCACAAACAUUGUAGCUAGCUAGCAUUUAGCUUGCUUGCACCCGUAACAGCGAUUGUAACCACGAGCCAGCAUCGGCCAAGCGAAUUUGACAAAGUAUUUAGUCAAUAAUUAAGUUAUCAAGAGCAGUAUCACACACACCGAUAACUGACUUCUGUUGUCGAGAAUUUGCAUCCAUCUUUGCUUAUUUUCAUUACCGAAAGUGAAGUACCCUGACUAGCCACAGUCAGAAGCAGUUGAGUAGCUAGCUAUCCAAAUUCUGAAUCUGAUUGUCAUUUUAUCAGUGUUAUUGUUGAAAAUGGCGGCGAUCGAAAUGGUGCAGAUGUUGAUCGAAGCAGCAGAAUACCUUGAUCGCAGAGAAAGAGAAGCUGAACAUGGCUAUGCCUCUAUGUUACCUUUCACCACCAGCAAAGAGAAGGACAGCUUGAAACGGAAAAAUAAAAGCAAGAAGAACUCCAGUAGCAGAUCCAUACACAACGAGAUGGAGAAGAACAGAAGAGCACACCUACGGCUGUGUUUAGAGCGAUUGAAAUCCCUCGUUCCAUUGGGACCAGACUCCAACAGGCAUACCACCCUCAGCCUGUUGAUGAGAGCCAAGAAACAUAUUGGGAGGUUGGAGGAGAGCGAGCGGAGAGCCCAGCAUACCUUAGACCAGCUGCAGAGGGAGCAGAGGCACCUCCAACGACGUCUGGAGCAGCUAGGGGUGGAGAGAACACGUAUGGACAGCACAGGAUCCACCGUCUCCUCCGACAAUCCAGAUGCAGACCAGGAGGGUGUAACAGAGGAGGAGCUGGAUGUGGACGUGGAGGGGACUGACUACCUGCUGGGGGAUCUGGAGUGGAGCACCAGCAGUGUGAGUGACUCUGACGAGAGGGGAAGCCUGCGCAGCAGCUGCAGUGAUGAGGGCUACUCAAGCGCCAGCCUGCGCCUGCAGAACCAGAAAACUCAGGAGAACGCCAAGCAUUUGGGCUGUAGCCUAUAAGAGCACAGCCCUCAACCUCUGGCCCAUGUGCAACGGCGUCCCUCUAUCGUCAAGUUAACUCGCGCCCACCAACCAGUCUCUGCCAAUCAGACCUCACCUCCAGCAGGACUGGCCUUCUGACAAAGCCCUCUCCUCCAGCUGUAUUCCACCUCUCUUUCCCCCUCAGACCUCCAACACCUGAGACACCCAUCAUCCCAUUUCAACCGUCCAUCGGCCAACCAAAAUGGAAGAUCUGCCCAUUCAGAGCCUCUGGCUCAAUAAGAUGAGUAGUAUUUGGAAGACACCCCUCCAUCCAUCCCUUUCUGUGUCCAUCACCUCCGUCCCUACCUGCUCUGCUGUCAGUUUCAGUGUAAGAGCAGAGAGGUGACUUGACUGUUUUCACAUACCAUGCUGUUUCCCCCUUCCAGCUCCCAGCGUCUGAGAACGAAAGACUUCAGCUAGAGAAUGUUAUUACAACACUACACCUACACCUCACUGCCCCCACUCCCUUCGACCCCCAGCUCUAGCUCCCAUCUCGCCCAUAUCUAUAGGUGAUGGUACAAACAAUCGGCGCAUGGAUGGUAUUUAGCACUUAGAGACAGUAUAGGAAGGGAUUGUCUGGGUCAAAGAGCUGUGGUCAUUGUAAUCAAUAUACUGUAUGUCUCCUUAAAAGACAUUGCAGCUAUUGUAGUAAUGUUAUCAGGUGUAGUCUAUUAGAAAGUCUUUAUGGUAAAUAAUUGUCUACCUGCACUGUCUACAUGUAAAGUCCUCACUGGGAGUUCUACAACACUAAGCACGGGUGUGAUUUGAUGUCAUCCAUGUUCCACAACCACUUCAUUGUUGCGAUCGGCAGCAAUACAUCCAUCCCUCUCUCCUCUACCUGGCUUAGCGGUUGGAUAGAUACCUCCAUGUUUUUGGCUCUUAUAAUGGGGGGCUAUUACAUUUUAGUUUUUAUUUUGGCAUACCCUGUACUUUCAUAUCCUCACCUGCCAUUCUGAAUUUUUAUGAGGAAAAAUAAAUUGAGGACAAAAACUUAUGAAGAAUGCGCAGCAUGAGAUUGUUAUGGGGUAUCUUUUAUCUUCCUCUCUCUGACGGUGAGAUUGUUAUGGGGUAUCUUUUAUCUUCCUCUCGCUGAUGGCGGUGGCAUCUAACUCAUCUUUUAAUGUGAUGGUCUGUGUUGCUGCUAGUCAUGUCCUGUAGCCAGUGGUAGUCACUUGAAUAUGUGUUGAAGUUAUACAGACAGACAGUAAGUUACCGGUAAUUGUUGAAAGUAGACCAGUGGAGGGAUUAAAGCACAUUCCAUGUUCGAGAGAAAGUAGGCCAGAUGGAGCAUUACCUUCAUCCAUAUUUAUGAGGGAGUGUUUUCAGUUUUUAAAGCCAGGAAGGUUCUAGCUAUCUGCUUCAGGUUACCCACAAGCAGAACACAACAGAUGUGCUGACUUGCUUUGCCUUUGGGUCAGAGCACAGUACAAGCAAGAUCAAUGUCUUGUGAGUUUGUUCACCUCUGGAAAGAAAAGAGCAGAAAGGCUACUGUACACUAAAGAUACUCUCCUCUGCCUUGUCUAUAUACUUAGAUAUUGUUUAUGCAAAAUGUUAUGUUUAUGUAAAUAGUUUACGCAGAAAGAUCUGUUUAUCAAAAAAAAAGGUAUUUAUAUUAGAUGUAAAUAUAUAGAUAUAUCUAUUUAAUUGCUUGUCGCUUUGCUAGUUUUUGUUGUGAGGGUUUCAAUGUAUAGUUGGUUUGCACAGCAUAGUCGAUCCAGAGCUUUUUAGAUCUGUAAUUUGUGCCUAUAGGCUUUUGUGUCCUUUCAAAAUUGGCACGGUGCUCCUAGAAUUGAAAUUGUUUUAUUUGUGGUUGAUUAUAUUUAUCUAUUUCAAAUCUAUCCUCUUUGUCAACAGGUAAAUAAUGCAAAAAUAUAUAUAUUAAUAUAAAAAUGUAUUACAUUGAAAAGAGGAGCUGGCGUGUGUGUUUGUGCUUUGGCAUUGCUGGGAUGGUGGGAAGCUACAGUGGGCUUUCUCCCUUUGUGCCUGGGGGCCUUAAACAAAAUGGCUUCUCCACUCAAGGGAUUAUAACACAUUGCAGAAAGAGGAGGAAUUGGUGGGUUCAAUGACCAGGGGAUAAGAUGGGGAGGUUUGCAGCAGCAUUUGAAUGUAGUCGACUAGCCUAUAAUAUAUCUCCCCCUGCACUGUUGCAGCACAAUGCCAAAGGAACCUCAAACUGUGUCACUGCAGAAUCUCGUUAGAACGGGAAGACGGUUGGUACACACCAAAAAAUCCUUCAAAAAUAGGAGUAUGAUUGUUUAGUCUAUUUGUGUGGAAUGCUGCACUUCUAUGUCAUUUUAAAACCCUAUCCAAAAAGAGAACCAUGUAGCCAUGCUAGAAGGGGAAUGUAGUGAAUUGAGUACACGACUCAGACUGGUGCUAUGGGGCAGGUGUAUGUAUGUCUUCAGAGAGAAAAUAUAAUGGUUUGGGAGAGGGAGGGUUGUUUUUAAUGGGAAAACACUGUCGCAUUUGUAUGGAUGUUUUUAUUGGUUUACUAUUAAAAAGGUGAAAAACAGUAUGGCUUUUCAAAGAAAACCUAAUGUAUUAUUAAAGCUAAGCAUUGUCUGUUAUUGGGGAGCCACACACUCCUCUCCUUCCCUCUCUCCUUGUCCAUGGCCUGUUUUAUACGUCUUCCACUCCUACCUGUGUGUGAAUGUGACUUCCAUAGAGAAGAGAUCCUGAUUCAUUUCUAUGGUGGUUCCCCCCCGUCCUCCACAUGCUGUGGACCAGCCACCAUGGUGCAGAGGGAGCCUGAGGGAGCACAAUGGGCUGUGUAGUAUAGCUGCAGCUGUCCUCCCUGUAUAACACUCUGUUAACACCCUCGGUGCUUCAGCCUCUGCCUUAAGAGCAGGUGUAGAUUCUUAAAAAAGAACAAGAGAUCAAUGCAGUUGGCUUCUGUGUAGUCCAGUGUAAGCUAUAUAGGAUAUCAUCCUGGGAAUUCUCUUUUUUGUUUUGUUGUGUAUAUUUGGGUUACGUUUGUACGAAGUGGCUUAAGCCUUAAAACAGACAAAUGUAAGAGAACCAUAGUAAAGUAUAUAUUAUACACGUUCAUAUAAAAUAUAGGUGUAGACAUGUUAUCACAAAAGGUAAUUAUUUUCAUUGUAACUGUGUCUCAGGUGUUGCUCUCCCUCUCACACACACACACACACACACACAGACAUACACACGUUGUCAUACACACAUCAGAACAGACUCUGCCUUUUGAAGGAAGGGUUUAUGUCAAACUAUAAAAAGGUGGACAUUUUCUGCACACAUUUUUUAGAAUUAGGGAUUUUAAACAUUGUGAAAACAAUCUUUGGGAAGUGUGGUGCAGUCAAUUAUAUUUGCCAGUGAUAUAAAAGGAAUAAAACCAUUUGAAAGCCUUG